UUUGGAUUUAGGUUGCAAAAUUAGGCCAAUUUCAUGUCUUACCCUCGGCAAGAAUUUGUUGCUGCUCCAGAUGUUGGACCUUCACAUCCAAUGUACAACGGCUUAUUCUACGCGAUUGAUCAAUGUAAUGUCAACAUGUGCAUGGAUAUUGUUGCAAAAGAUCCAAAGACUCUACAAAUGACUGGUUGGAAUGACAUGACACCAUUGCAUCACAUUUGCUUGAAAGGCAAAACCAACAUCGUUCAAUUGUUUCUUGAUAAUGGGGCAGAGGUUGAUGCAAGGAGCUCAUUUGGGGAAACUCCACUACAUUAUGCAUGUCGUCGAGGCACGAUCGACGUAAUUCACAUGCUGAUAUCAUCUCGUGCCGAUUGUAAAGCAGUGGAUAAGCAGGGUCGAGGUUGCAUGCAUUUCGCAGCCAUGGGUGGAUCAAUAGCUGCAAUGCAUUACCUUGCGACACAAACCCAGUUAAACUAUGACGUGGUUGAUAAUAACGGAGAUUCCCCGCUUCAUGUAUGUUGCUUUCAAAGGCACAACGUCAUGAUCGAUUACUUGCUGAGGAAAUCUCGCUGUGACCCGCGUCAUGCCAACCACAAGGGUACAACCCCUCUUCACAUGGUCGUCAAGUUGGGCAACAGUGACAUCGUGUGGAAGUUGGUGAAGGCCGGGGGUUGUGGGAUCGUUCAUGCCAAGGAUAAAGAGGGGAAUACCCCAAUAAAUAUCGCGAAACAAGAAGUAACGGACAGGCACGCUCAUAUUGUUAAAGAAUUGGAAUAUUAUGCAAAACAACCUCCACGCUUGCCACCCAAGGGACCUGUCAUGACGUGGUACACCCUACUAUUUCUCCCAUUCACAUGGGCAGCUAUCACCUUCAUUCUAUCUUUAUGUUUGAAUGGAAACGGAGGUUACUUUUCUCUCCUCAUGUUUAUAUUACUUGUUACAUUUGUAGGAAGGCAAUCUCACAGAAUACACCACCCCUCUAAAUGGCCGAACCCAGUUUUUCUUGGUGCGUUUGCUGGAGGAAUAUUUCAUUGCAUUAUCUCCAGUAGUAUUUUUAUUAUGUAUUUCUGGCCGUGUGUGUUCACCUUCUUUUUCAUAACAUCGUUGUCCAUGUCUUGCCUCUACAACCUUUAUCAUCUCACACGAGGGGACCCCGGUGUUGUCACCAGCAACUCCAGGGAGCGAAAUGUGGAGCUUAGUGUUCUCGAUAUAGCACUGGGUCAUUGUAAGGAGGGAGACUUUUGCCCUUACACAGAGCUUAUCAAGACGAAACGAAGUAAAUAUUGUCGUCUUUGUGAAAAAUUGGUUGAAGAUCUCGACCACCAUUGUUUGUUCCUUAUGAAUUGCAUUGCAAGAAAUAACCAUCGUGCAUUUGUAAUAUUCAUUAUAAACGUCAUGGUCCUACAGUUCUCAUUUUGCUAUCUUACUUUGAGCUACAUGUGGACUGCUUAUCCCAACAGCGAGAACUGGCUUUUAAUUGACAUGCUGACGUAUGAAUCUAUGAUACUGGACCUGAAUAUUCUUUGCAUAUUCGCUUUUUUGUGGGAAUGUCAACUUAUUGGGUCACAGCUUGUUAACAUAGCUAUGGGACAAACAACGUACUAUCAAAGACAUGGAACAAAACCAAACCUGUCGUCAAUGCUCCGAAAUGUCGUUCAAUUUUUCUUCCCUCGAACCGAAAAACACAGAUCUUUGAAAGUGAAUUCACCAUUGCUGUUGUAGAUCCUAAAAUACAGCUUAAACUUUUUUGUUACUGUUUUUUUUUACUGAUAAUGUGUUUUUUAGCCAUUUCGUAUUAGAAUAUAGAAAAAUUGAUUGAAAGUUGAAUUUUUUUGUCAUGACCCACUAAAAAGCAUCGAUUUUGCUACACAUGUUUUUUUUAGCGUUUUUAUACUAGAUUAUAGAAAAAAAAUGCUUUUUGUCAUGACGUACUGAAAAAUUUGACUUUGU